AAUUUAGAAUGUAGUUUUCCUGCCAAUAUUUUAGAAAUUUGAUUAAAAAUAAAUUAGAAUCAAAAUGGCCGUGCCUGACAAACACUGACGCAAUCGCGAUGACAAGAUGAAAGUAUUUUUUUGUGUUUUGUAAAGAAGUUUUUGUCAAUUUAAAAACAAGGCGAUAUCUCCUAUUGAGUAUGUGCAAUAAUAUAUUUUAAUCAAGUUAUGGACGGUAUCCAUUGCUCCCAAUUUGUGUUCUAUAAUGACUUUGAUUCAGCUAAUCUGUCAAAAGUUGAACUCGUUCCACAAAAUGAAUCUGCCGUUUGUAAACAAAGCUCAAACAAUAAGUUACUGACAAUAGAAUUAGUAGAUGCAGAAUUUAAUAUAUGGACCAAACCCGAUUGUUACGGGACUGAAUUCGAAAAUGGGAACAGAACAUGGUUUUAUUUUUCUAUUAAAGCUCCUAGACCUGGUCUAUUGGUUCGACUUAACUUAGUAGACUUAAAUAGACAGGGAAAAAUGUAUAGUCAAGGCAUGGCCCCAGUAUUCAGAGUGUUGCCAGGUAAACCUAAAUGGGAAAGAAUCCAAGAUAAGCCUGUAUAUAAUUUAGUUGAAGAUAUUUUUACGUUAUCUUUUAAAUUCCGUACUCCAGAGAAUGCAGACAGUUGUACAUACUUUGCUUUUACAUAUCCAUUCUCAUAUACUGAUCUCCAAAAAAUGCUUGUAAAUAUUGAUAGUAAAUAUUUUACCAUACAACCAACAUGUGAGGACGAUAUUUAUUAUGUGCAUGAAACGGUUUGUGAAUCUUUAGAAGGUAGGAAUAUUGACUUAAUAACCAUAACCUCAUAUCAUGGAAUAACAAUGGAAAGAGAGGAGAGAUUGAAGAAUUUGUUUAUGGAUAAAACUGUUCCAAGGCCCCAUAAGUUUGUUGGUAAAAAGGUUAUAUUCAUGUCGGCAAGGGUACAUCCUGGUGAAACUCCAUCUUCCUUUGUCUUUAAUGGUUUCUUGAAUAUGCUGUUAAAUCGGGACGAUCUUCAGGCUCAGUAUUUGAGAAAAUUGUAUGUGUUCAAACUUAUUCCCUUUCUUAACCCGGACGGGGUGGCUAGGGGACACUAUAGAACUGAUACGAAAGGAGUGAACUUGAAUAGGAUCUAUUUGAAUCCUGAUUUCGAUGAGCAUCCUUCGAUUUAUGCUGCUAGAGCUUUAAUUAGGUAUUACCACUUCGGCGCGGAGAAAGAGGACAAGAUCAUCAAAUGCGACAACUGCCAGAAGCAGCCGCCCAUCGCCCCCGCCGGCGAAAACGACAACGUGAACCGCCUCUCCACCAUGUCGCUGAGCGAAGGCGAGGAUCCCGGCGGAGCCGCGCCCAACCCUCCUCCGGCGAGCACCUGGUGCACCAAGUGUAAGGCCAGCAUCGUGCAGCUGGAAAAAACGAUGCCGGGCAUCUCCACACUCGUACCCACUUUUAAUCUAGCGUCUCGUCAUUCCGCAGGGCACAACUUCUGCAGGCAGUGCGGCUGCAAGCUGAUCCCGUCGGAGAGCAAGGCCGAGAUCAAGUUCGAGAACGUGGCGGGGGACGUGAAUCGGAACGAGUCCGGACUGUUCCUGUACCUGGACAUGCACGGGCACGCCUCCAAGAAGGGGAUCUUUAUGUACGGCAACCAUUUCGACGAUUUGGAAAGGAGGGUGGAGUGUAUGCUGUUGCCGAAGCUGAUGGGGCUCAACAAUCACCACUUUCAUUUUCAGGCGUGCAAUUUUACGGAGAGGAACAUGUAUCUCAGGGAUAAGCGUGACGGCAUGAGCAGGGCAGGAUCAGGCAGAGUGGCUGUGCUGUCCAUUACGGGUAUUAUAAAGAGUUACACUCUGGAGUGCAAUUACAAUACCGGUAGGUUCGUAAACGUGCUGCCACCUACCGUCAAAGAAUCGGCCAAUAAAGUGCACACGUUACCGGUACCGCCAAAAUAUACACCGCAAAUUUUCGAAGAGGCCGGAAAGUCGCUGGGAGCGUCCAUUUUAGACCUCACAGGCCAGAACCCUUUUUCCCGACUGCCCAACUCCGAGUUCCACAAUCUGGGCGGUUUGAGGGAUUGGCUCAGGAACAGCUGUUGCAACAACAGCUUCGGCGAGGGCAAGCCGAAAAUGACGCGCAUCAGACCGUCGGCCGCCGGCCACACGGCGCCGCAAACUCAGGCCAAGCUCAAGGUCCGGCCCCAAGCGUCCAAGGCCAUCGCCAAGAAGGCCGUGCCCGUCGAGCGCAAGGAGAACCAGCCCAGCUGCUCCUCGUCAAGGUCAUCUGUCAAGCUCAACCGACCGUUCAAGGCCAAGAGUCGCAAGGAUCUGACGUAUAAGGCGAAGAAUCUGGCGGAGAAACGGCCUAGGGUCGUGCAGAGGCCGUGUAAGAAACUUCAGGAGCCUAAACCAGUCGAGAGCGCUUCCUCGGAGCUCCAUCUAAGGGAGAUUUGCUUUAUUAAGAGUACAGAGGGGGGUAAGACGAUGAUAGCGAAGUAUAAGAACAAGGAAGGGGAAGAGUUCGAUGACAGCUUGGUAGUGUCAUGGGAUGCACCUUCCUCAAAAGCUACAGUGUUUUCGCACAAAACCAGGGCUUCUUCCGCGCCACAUUACUCGAUGGUUGGAUCGUCUUCCGAGCCUGGGCCCAGCAAGCCCCAGCAGGGGGUGUUUCGGGUGCACAAUUUUGCGAAGACUUGCUCCAAAGUGAAGUUGAAGAAGCAGGCUUUGAGGAGGUUGAGCAGCGCUACGGAAUUGGGGAAGAUGGAGAGGAAGAAGAAGAAGAAAUUGAGGGUUAAGUAGGGGGAUGUGGUUGGGUAACGUUUUGAGGCUUGUUUCUAAAUUGUUGAGUGAUUGGAGGAAAAGAGAAUAGAAAAUGUUUUGGGUUGUUUUGUUGUUGGGAAAUUUCAAAAUUUGUAGAUAGAACAGGUAGACCUGCAUUUAACAGAUCAUCAGUUAUAUUCAUAUUAGUCUGGUUGCUAGCCUACAUGUCUGUUUAAUCAUUGAAAUAUUUUUGUUAUUCUUCGUGUUGUUAAAUUAUGAUGAGAUUAUGAUUUUUUUCCUCUGCGAAAAUUUUCGAAAACUGGUGUUUUUUUUUUGGAAUCAUGAUAUUGACGACUUUUCGUCCUACUGGGAAAUUGGAAAAUGGGGUUUCAAAUAUUUUAUUCGUUAAAUCCUGGAAAAAAAAUCAGCUUUAUUAAAAUUGAGCUGAUUUUUUUAGGAUUUGCUGAUUAAAUUAUUUGAAAAACAGGUAACUUAUCUGAUAAAAUAAAUUUUCCAAUUUAUUUUUUUCAGUAGGGUGAAUCAAAAUCAUUGAUUAUCAUGACUACAAAUGACAGAAAGAGAUGAAACGUAUUAACCAACACAGAAAGGCACAAAAGCAUUUUAAUGUCACCCACAUAGCCCUCAGCCUAUAUAUUUUUAUUUGAGAACGGUCAUUUACGAUCAGUUAUAAAAUCCUACGUUUUCAGACUAUUUUGUUUCAAAAAUUUCAACAAAAACCACUGCUUUACUGCCUUUCUUUGAAAAUUUUCAGUGACAUUUUGAGUUUUUGUUGAAUCGUUAAGUACUUACCAACAGGAAACCAAAAAUAAUUCCUAAAAUAUAUACUUAUUUUUUUUGAAAACUAUUUUCUUUAUAUUGUAGUUUGACGUUUAACAAGCAUUUAACAUAAAUGAUACUAUUAUUAUCAAAAACUUCAGCAACCAGACAGUAAAAUUCGAACUAAACUUCAUAAACUGUUAUCUUUCUAUGCUUAUUUGACGUAUUUUUCUACAACCACAUAUAUGUCAACUGAUUUUGAAUUCAGUAAAUUCUGAUAAUAGCUGGCCAAUUAUAGUCAGCAAUUGGCUGGACUAUUAAGGAUCUAAGAUAAGAUAAUAUGUAUGAAUUAAAUUUAAAUUCAUGUUUACAGACUAAUUUUUACAACCACAUAUGUAAUAACUAUUUAAACAGGUUUAAAUAUGGUGGCUUUCAACUGAUUUUAAAUUCAGUAAAUUCUGAUGAUAGUUGGUCAAUUAUAAUCAGCAAUGGCUUGAAUAUUAAAGAUCUAAGAUACUAAGAUAACAUGUAUGAAUUAAAUCUAAAUUCAUAUUUAGAGACAACUAUAUUUUAAUUUUUUCUUGAUUUUUUUUGUUGAGGAUUUUAUUUUUUUGUUAAGAACAUGUUUUUUUACAUGAAAUAAAAAAAAAAAAAUUAAUUUGUUGCAGUAAACAUAACUCUCAACAAUUUCAAUUUCUUUUAUUAUGAUAUGAUCAAGUAAAUAAUACAUAGCUUGUCUAGCUCAUAACCGACAUUUCGAUAUUUUAUUUGAACUUAGUAGUUCAAAGGAAAUUUAGUACCUAUUGAGGACUAAACUUUUUUUUAUUUGAUCAUAUUAAUCAGAUAGAUUCUAAUUAUUUCAAAUUAUUUGAUUUUAAAAUUAAUUAAAUUGUUUAAACAGAUGUUUCAAUCACUUAAAUUUGUUCUGUAGUUGCACAUAAUAGAUUUGUAUCAAUCUUAAAAAUAAUAAACUAUAAUUAAAUUAUAAAUUUCAAUGAAACAAUGCCUCAAAACGAAAAAAAAAUAAAUUAUUACAAAAUUAAACAUAUAAUAUAUGUACAAGAUUUAUUAUUAACAAGUUAUAUUUAUAAAUAUAUGUUUUGUACUUCUAACUGGAAGUAAAAUUUUCGAGAUACCUAACAUUUUUUUAUUCUUUUCUAGUGAUAUGGUUGCAAUUUGUUUUGUGUUGAUAUUAAUAUAUGAUCGAAUAAAAGUAGGUGUAAGUUGACUAUAAGAUAUUUAAAGGAUUUGUUCAGCGAUUGAACUACUAAAGUCACAUUUUUCGAUCAUAUGUUUUUCGAUCCCCUUUUUUUAAGCUUAAAAAAUAAAGUAAAAAUUGAAUUUCGCUAAAAAAAACUUAAUAUAUGUAUAGAGUAAAUAUAUCUAUAAUUAUUAAUUGUUGAUUUUUGUUUUAAUUGUAAAAUAACUUAAGUUAGCCUCUGAAAUAAUACAACAAAAACGAGCCAAACUAAGAUACUCCCCACUGAGAUAUUACAAAACAUAACUGAAAGUUAGAACUCAUUGUUUAUGAUAAAAUUUAAACAACUUAUGAUGGUUUUUGUGUAAUCUACGUGGGGUGUGUACAGCUAUGGUUGUUCAGCUUAAGAAACAGAAGAGUGAUAUAAUUUUGUGAUUUUUUUCCGCAGAUGUUUUAUUUUAUCUAAUUUACGAACAAAAUAAAUAUAUAACGUAA